AACAAGAAAAUAAAAUAAAAUAAACCAACAGAAAAAUUGAUUUUCCCACCAUUGCCGCGGAUUUGGAUUUCCUUGAUUUGAUUCCGCCUCUCGUUUCCUCGCCGUCGCCGGCCGCCGUCUGCCGCAUAUUCCUUUCUUAGCACAAGCGUGAAAGAAUCGAGGUCUACUGCUCAAUCCUUCAUUCCGAUCAUAGACUUGGGGAAAACUUUAAAACGUGAAAUCUGUCAUCAUGAAUCAACAGAUUCAGGGAACAGGCUCUCUAUCUUCGUCAGACCCCCCUAUGAAGCGAAAACGUGGACGUCCACGUAAGGAUGAAAACUUGGCUCCUGCAGAGAACCCAACUGUGAUCCCAGGACCUGACAGUUCGAAGAAAACCAAACAGAAUGCAAGUACAAGUGAUGAUGUUGAGAAUGAAAUGGUAGGCCAGGUAGUCACUGGCGUGAUUGAGGGGUCAUUUGAUGCUGGAUAUCUUCUGAAUGUUAGGGUCGGAGACACCGACACUCAGCUGAGGGGUGUUGUGUUUCUGCAGGAGAAAAUCACUCCCAUUACUCCAGCAAAUGACAUUGCUCCUCAUAUUAUGAUGUGCAAAAGAAGAGAAAUUCCCAUACCGCCUCUCAACCCACAAUCUCAGCGUUAUGAGUCCGCCCACCCAUCAGAACAAAGUAAUAGGCAACCUGUUGAGGUGAAACCCCAAAUACCUACUGUUCCUAACCAAAUUCAAUCCUCUGUCCCUCAGUCUGGAAUCCUGGAGUCACUUGAAAACAAACCUUUCUCUUUUGUGACUCCGCCGGUUGUGAACUUGCCGAAGAAUGAUGCAGUCCCGCCCUUGGGAGGAAAAGUCAUGCCACAGCAAUUUCCGGAACCUGGAACUGAUAACCAAUCUGCCCCUACUAUGCCCAAGCCAGAGCAUAAUAACGUUGUUGAACAGGAGAAAGUGCUGGAGGAAGUUGAAGCUGCCACAAUAAUGGAAGGGCCAAAUGGUGUAGAGGCCAAUGAGGCAUCAAAAACAGAAACAGCAGCUGGACCAAUUGCUGCCCUACCAGGUGUUGAACCCGUAUGUAAGGCUCCUGAAUUCAAAUUCAGGCUGCGGGUUCUGAAAAGAGUGCAUCGGCUCCUUAUGAAGUAAAGAGAUUCAGACUUGAACUCAACCAAAUGCCUGUAUUCGGUGAACCUAGAGUGACCACUGUCAUGCCAGUUGUUGAACUCAACCACACGCCUGUAUUUGCUGAAUCCGCAAGAAUUGCUGCCAUGCCAGUCAUCGAAACCAAAGGUAAGGAUAAUCAAAUUCAACCUCAGGCUGUGGAUUCUGAAAAGAGCGCAUUGGUUCAUGAUGGUGCAAAAAGCCCGAAUCUCGAGCUCAACCAAACUCCUGUAUUUGCUGAACCUGCCUCUGUUGCUCUCAUACCAGGCAUUGAAACCGUAUGCAAGAAUUCUCAAAUUCAACCUCCAGAUGUCAGUCCUGAAACGAGUUCAUUGGUUCAUGAUGCGGUAAAGUGCGUGGACAUAGAACUCAACCAAACUCCUUUUGCUGCUCCGGUUACUAUACCAUCCGAAUCAAAGAUUGCUGCAGAAGGAUCUAUUCCUCUGGGAACUGCCGAACCUCAAAUCCCUACUUCUGAUGGCAUUAGCAACAUGGAGUAUGACGUCGAAGAUGUCAUUCCAGCUGCACAAUCGUAGAUCCAUGCGGCAACAUCGAUCAUUUCGGUUUGUCGGUAUGAGAACGAGACAGUUAAUAGUGUCUGAGGUGGUUUUUUUUUUAGUAUUCAACAUUUGAGGAUGUUUUUAGUAUCAGUUUAUGCAUUUCUGCUCUGGUUUUAAUUUGUACCUUUCGGAUAAUGUUGCAACUAUUCACAAGUUUCUGCAUGUUUUCGUUA